GGGGGCGUGGUGUGCGCAGGCGCAUGUGCCUCGCGCGACGCGGCGGUAAGAUGGCGCGGCACGUAUUCCUGACGGGGCCUCCAGGUAUAGGUAAAACAACCCUAAUCCACAAAACCAUAGAUGUGUUGAAAUCUUCUGGUGUUCCUCUUGAUGGAUUUUACACUGAAGAAGUCAGAAAAGAUAGGAGAAGAAUAGGAUUUGAUGUUGUUACAGUAUCGGGGAAGCGAGGACCUUUGUCCAGAACUAGCUGUGAUUCAGGUUCUCUGAACCGUAGAUGUGAAUAUAGAGUUGGCCAAUAUGCAGUGGAUAUUCCGUCAUUUGAAUGCCUAGUCCUCCCUCUUCUCAGAAAAGUUAGCGACAGAAAUGACACAGAGAAAAGGGUGUACGUGAUAGAUGAGAUUGGAAAAAUGGAGCUCUUUAGUGAACCCUUUAUCCAGUCUGUACGUCAAAUCCUAGAUGGACCUGGUGGCACCAUACUUGGGACUAUUCCUAUCCCGAAAGGAAAACCUUUAGAACUUGUGGAAGAAAUCAGAAGCAGAAAGGAUGUUAAAAUAUUUAAUAUUUCAAAGGAUAAUAGGAAUAAUAUUGUACGAGAGAUUGUCGCAACAGUGCAAGACUGCAGAGAACUAAACAGAAACUGAUUCAGAUUGUGGAUGAUUACAAGAGAAUGUGUCCUAUGAGUUGUGCAGAUUUUUGAUUGGUCUUCUGUUUUGUGCUUCAGGCUUUUUACGCCUGUGCAUAACUUUAAUGCUUAAAAGAUUUAGUGUACCUCUGGUUGCAGUGUACUAACGUAGGGUUUUGUUCUUGUUUAUAAAAGUGUUAUUUGACUUCAUGCUUUUUUCCUAACUUACAUAUAUUGUUUAAGGUAGUAGUUGGAUGUUUACCAGAAUGUGUACUGAUUUAUUUUGGUGAUCACUUUAGGUGAACUACACACAAAUGACGUCAAGUUAUUGGUUAAUAACAAAUCAUGUGAAAUUUAACAUUGUUACAUUCAAUAUCUUGUCUGCAUUUUCUCAGGAAAUUUAACUUUGACAGAAAAACAAAGAUCAAUUAAAAUUUUGAGAUACAGUAACACUCUUCGAAUUCAGUUUUUAAAAAAAAUAGCUGCAGCAUUUGAUUCUACCCAUGUUAGUACAUUUCAGUAGCUUGUGUUACUAAUGAAAAUAGCCCAUAGUGCAAAUGAAAGUAAACUUCUAAUACCCUUUAA